UUUUACUAGAACUUUUGAGGUUCAUCAUGGUCUUCAUGGAUAAUCGCAAAAUAGAAGUCCGGAUUCAAAUUUGAUCUUAAAAAAGCAAAAACAAAAUUAAAUCAAAAAAAUUUAAUUUUCAUUACUUCUUGAUUUAAUAUAAAAGAUAAAUUAAAGAAAUGAAAAUAGAAUAAUAAACCCUAAUUUCUAGAUAAAGACCAUUUUCCUAAAGAGGACUCAUUGAAGAUUUGUGUAGUCUGCUAGUUGGAUCUUGAUCUUGCCAGUCUCAGUUGACAGUUGUUGACAAGAGUCUUUAUCCUGAACAAUUAUUGAGUUACAUCAUCAUAUAACGAGACAGUGUAUUUGUAAGAGAUUUAGAUCCAAUGAUUUGGAAUUGUCUGAAGAGGGAUAAUGUUACUGUAGAUUGAUCAAAACCAGCCGGCAGUGCCAGAUUUUGAUUUGCAACAUGGAAUUGGAAAGAAAAUCAGAAUGGAGAGCUCCAGGGGAUAUGGUCUGUGCAGGACUUGUUCUUGGUGCUAGUUUGGUAAUAUUUACCAAACUGAAGUUCAGGGGUGCUGCAUAUAGAAGUGCUACCAAGCUGACAGGAAAGACGGCCAUUGUAACGGGUGCAAAUACGGGAAUAGGGAAGGAGACUGCCCUUGAUUUUGCUCGCCGUGAAGCGAGAGUAAUCCUUGCUUGCCGUGAUAUUGCAAAGGGUCAAAGAGCAGUUGAACACAUCAGACAUUAUACUAAUGCAGGGGAACUAGUUGUGAUGAAGUUGGAUUUGGCAUCACUGAAGUCAGUGAAUGCUUUUUGUGAUGAAUUCUGUAACAAAAUUGGCAGACUCGAUAUCCUUGUCAACAAUGCAGGUGUGUUUUACACUCCAUAUAUGAAGACAGAAGAUGGCUUUGAAAUGCAAUUUGGAGUCAACCAUCUUGGACACUUCCUUCUGACCAACAGACUUUUAAAUGUCCUAAAGGCUUCUUCACCAUCUCGUGUGAUCAUCGUGUCUUCUGCUCUCCAUAAGAGAGGGCAUCUUGAUUUUUCAAAGCUUAAUCCAGACAAAAAAGAAUACAACAAGACCAAGUCUUAUGCUGAUAGUAAGCUUGCCAACGUCCUGUUUGGGAAGGAGCUGAGCAGACGACUCAGUGGCCAAGGCGUCACCUCUUACACCUUACAUCCAGGUGUCAUCAACACAGAACUUUCACGUUAUCUUGGAUAUUCUAAAGCUUUCUGGGCUGCUACAUUCCCUCUCCGAUGGCUCUUCAUGAAAUCUCCCCGGUACGGAGCUCAGACUACCAUUUACUGUGCUGUUGCUGAGGAGCUCAAGGAAGCAUCUGGGAAAUAUUAUGGCAACUGCAAAGAAGAACCUUACCCAGAGGUUAGAGGACCAGCUGAUGAUGCUGUUGCUACUAAACUUUGGGAGGUCAGCGAAAGGCUGACAGGACUUUCAUCUGAGUGAUAUUAUGUUGAAGACAUUGAAGGGGAAUCCAGCCUUGGCCAUAAAAUGAUGUGUUGGGACGGAGAAAAAUAAAUUAAACAGAAUGGUGAAAGUUUGAAAGAAAUCGGACAAGCAAUAAGAAAGUUAUAGCUGCUUUAAAAUUGAGAUCACUAAUACCAUGUAGAUUUCAAAUUGGCAACUGGGUAAGUAAAUUAUGACAAGGGGCAAGGACAACUUUCCCAUAGGCCAUGUACUUUAUUAUCAGGGAUUUGUGGUUUUCUCCUAAGUGCCCAUUCCCCUGGGGCAGUAAUCUAAAUAUAACCCAGGUAGUAUAUUAUUUUAUGUCCUCAUGGAAGAAAAAUAUAAUUUGAAAUAAAACUUUUGGGGGAAAUGACAUUUUAGCCAUAAUAUGUACUGGAGUACAUGGAAGAGUAGUCCUUGCCUUACAUCACUAUGACAUCACAUAUGCGGCCAAUUUGAAGUCUCCAUGGGUAUAGUGAUUACCAAUAUUUACAACUUUUAAAAAUUCAUAACUUUCUUGUUGUUUGUCCAAUAUUGUUCAAACUUUCACCUAUCAACUUGUCUGAUUUUUCUUUUCCUUAUAAAAACAAGUUUUUAUUUGGGUUGGAUUCCCCUUUAAUUCAUAUCUGGGUGCAUGAAACGAAACCCCAAUAUUCUGUAUUAAGUGUAAAUAUUUCAUUUUAUAAUGUUUAUGAUAGUUCUGCAUCUAUUACAUUGACAUGCAGGUUGAUGAAGCAUAUUCUGUUAUAUGAAUUUCUUGUUCUGCCUUGAUAGAGCAUUUGUCUCAAUAUAUUUGUUGUAAUUUUCAAAAUCAUCACCUUUUGCUGUAAAUUUUGAGUGUUCACAUUAAAGUCGAUUUUUUAAUGGUGACAUAUUUCUUUAAAAAUGGAAUGAAGUCAUACAGUCGAUGUAGUUAAAUACUGCAUAAUGUACAUUGGACAAAUAUAAUUAAAGGACAAGUCCACUCCAACAAAACGUUGAUUUGAAAAAAAGGAGAAAAUCCAACAAGCAAAACACUGAAAAUUUCAUCAAAAUCGGAUGUAAAAUAAGAAACUUAUGACAUUUUAAAGUUUUGCUUAAUUUCACAAAACAGUAAUAUGCACAUCCUGGUCGGUAUGCAAAUUGGCAGACUGAUGACGUCACCCACUCACUAUUUCUUUUGUAUUUUAUUAUAUGAAAUAUUCUAAUUUUCUCCUCCUUAUCAAGUGAAAAGAAAUUUUAUUUCUCCCUGAACAUGUGGAAUUACCAUCAUUUUAACAGUUUAUGGUUAAGUUGGUCCUUAUUGUCAAAUCUGUAAAAAUUGAAAUAUUGUAUUUUUCAAACAAUAAAAAACAAAAGAAAAAGUGAGUGAUGGACAUCAUCGACUCUCUCAUUUGCAUAUCGCUGAAUUGUGCAUUUAACUGUUUUGUGAAAAAUAAGAGAAACUUAAAAAAGUCUUAUUUCUUAUUUUACAUCCGAUUUCGAUGAAAUUUGCAGCAGUUUGUUUGAUUUUUCUCUGUCAAUUCAAAUCAGCAAUUUUCUGGGGUGGACUUGACCUUUAAUGAAUCAUCUGUAGAUAGUAUGUUUUUUUUUUCAAGUAAGCAAUGGAAUUGUUUUAAUGGCUCUUAAGUUUGUGCUGUCUCAUGAGUCACAGAGCUUUUUGUGUACGAAACUGUACGUAUUUGAAUUAGAGCAGCUGAUCUUGGAAAUUUCAAGAAUAGAUCAGAAAAAAACUACCAGUAUAAAGAGUUUUGAAACUUAAAGUAAUCAUCGACCAAAUACCAUUUGCAAACCCUGUGACCAAUCAUGCAAGCUAAAUUAUUUAUUCAGAUAUUAUAUCUAAUAUUGAAAUACAUCUACUUAAAAACGCACCCAACAGUUUGAAUAUUGUUCAUACUCUUAUUACAUUUUGGCCUUCUGAUAUAUGCGUUCAGUUUACAAAUAUAAAGAAAUAAGGGAACCUUAGUUGCCAAUUUGUCUUUUUAUACAAUGCAAUUAAAGAUGUUGCAUAUUUUGAUAUUUGUCUAAUUAUCACCAGUUUCAAGAUGAUACUAGCAACAAUGGAUGGGAAAAGAGAUUUCACUUUGAGUAGACGCUUUUAUGACCCUCUUCCUCUGAUUUAAUUUUAAUCAGAAUUUGCAUGAAUUUUUACUUUUGUUCUUUACACAUUUUUGUGCAUAUACAGUAUAACCCAUAAGUUUGUUCUUUUCUGGUGGUUUUUGGUAACUCGUGCAUUGAUACAUACGUAUGUCUUGCCAAUUAUGUAACAUGAACUAAAUUUGUAGACAGGUUUCUAUGCUUUAUAGGAAGAUAAGCUAUUUCGACAUUUCUGCAUGGUCCUUUAAUAGUGAUUUCUUAAUUUUUAUUUUCACAUCCAUUUUUCAUACCUUUUUUAUACUUUGAUUUCUCAUACAAACAUUGUAUACUUGACUGAAUUAACUGAAUUUAGCUGUAUUGUACUCAUGCAAUUUAAACAUACCGGUAGUUCAGUUGUUAAUCAUAAGCCAAGCAAAAAAUUAAAAUAAAGUUUUUAAAGAAAAUAA